CCCCUCCCACAAACCAUAAGAAAAGUAAGUUUAGUAUUUGUCCUCUGCGCAUUUGCUUUGUGCGUCCAGUUCAGUGACCGUCCAGACUGUGAAUCUUAAAUUAAAACCAUGGCCAAGGACAUGACUCUGCUGUGGGUGACCGGCUCUCCUCCCUGUUGGAGGGUGAUGAUCGCUCUGGAGGAGAAGAACCUGCAGGGCUACAACCAAAAACUGCUGUCCUUCGAUAAAAUGGAACACAAGUCCCAACAAGUGUUAGAUAUAAACCCCAGGGGACAGAUUCCCACUUUCAAACAUGGAGACAAUGUCAUCAAUGAAUCAUACGCAGCCUGUUUUUACCUGGAGAGCCAGUUUAAAUCCCAGGGAACCAAACUGAUCCCAGAUGGCCCAGCAGAACAAGCUCUGAUGUACCAGCGCAUGUUUGAGGGUCUCACAUUAUAUGAGAAACUCAGUGCAGUUGUCUUCUAUGAGUGGUCUGUCCCUGAAGGUGAGAGACAUGAGUCGGCUCUGAAGAGAAACAAAGAAGCUCUGGUCACUGAACUGAAACUCUGGGAGGGUUACCUGCAGAAGCUGGGCUCAGGCUCUUACCUGGCAGGACCGUCUUUCACGCUAGCAGAUGUGGUCGUUUUUCCAACAGUUGGCACUCUCUUUGGGUUUGGGUUGUCUCCAGAGCGUUAUCCUAAACUGGGAGAGUAUCACAAUCUGCUGAAGGAGAGACCCAGUGUCAAAGCCAGCUGGCCUCCUCAUUGGUUGGAGAACCCCAAGGACCAAGACAGACUGAAAGACGCACUGAAAGACAUCUGAUAUUCAUACACAGAUGUAAACAUGAUGCUGCAUAAUGACAGAGCAGCUCUUGUUGUCCUUAUGCAUUCUGUGUAUAUCUAACAACAGCUUCUGAUCACUCAUACAUGUUCAGCUUUGUCUAAUACCAGGAUAACUCAGUCACACUAUCGUAAAGUAAAGAACUAGUUUUCCCUGCUCAAAGCUAGCUCAAAUGCUUUGUGUUUCCAUGACUUUGCAUAAAGCCGUUAGUUCAAUAUUGCAUCCUUUCCACAACUUUGCAUCUUUUUCCAUCCUGAUAAUUAAAAAAAAAAAGUUCAUUA